UUCAAGUUUCCGAUAGCUUCGAAUGCAGCAUCGCAUCGCCGCUGGUGCCAAACUGGUUCCAGUUCCUGUGAGUUUCCCACCAGUUCAAAACUGUUUAAAUUUGCGUGUUUGUCAGCGGGAAGUCGUCGGAUCGUAUGCGGAGUGUUUGCCCUUUAGCGGCGGGCCAGAGGCGCAGUUUUCUGCCGCAGUUUAACGGGCGCAGUUAGCAGUUGGAGGCUAACGGCUAGCAGCGGAGCCUCGGUGAGGAGGAGGAGGAGGAGGAGGAGGGGGAGGAAGAGAAGCUCCUUUGAGCUGUUUUAGUUUCCUGAGCUGGACUCUGAGGCGCUGUCUCCGCUCCUCAGAUUGAUCUGGAACAGAGGACGGAGAGAGCAGGACAGCAGCCAUGUUUGAAAAUGUCCCGACAGUGUCCUCGACCGAGCGUCAGCAGGUACUGGGAGCUCUGGAGCGUUUGCAGGCUAAACUGAUGCAGCGGGAGGAGUGGACCCACAGCGAUACCCUGGGAAAUCUGCGGGAGACGCUACAGAGCCCACUGUUCAACCACAUCCUGACCCUGCAGCACUCCAUCAAGCAGCUCCGCAGCCAGCUGAGCACCAUGCCUCCUGACGCCACCAGUGAGUUCAGCUUUUCCAAAAAAGGUCAGCUGAUCAUGAGCAUCAAUCCAGCCAGCAGCUCGGCCCCACCCAUGGUGUCCGCGUCCUCUUCCAUCCUCACCAAUGGCUCGAUUGCACCCACACAUCAGACUCCGCCCACAUCUGACAACCUCCAGAACUGGAUUCUUGCCACUGCCAAGGGACGUCCCACCCAGCUGGUCAGCCUGACUCGUCCCCUGUCUGGUGGUCUGGGUUUCAGUGUGGUCGGUCUGAAUCCCACAGGAAGCAGCAGCCGGGGCGUCUUCAUCAAGCACAUCCAACCCGGAGGAAUCGCUCACAGGGACGGGCGCCUCCAGGAGCGGGACCAGAUCCUGGUGAUAAACGGCAGUCCUCUGGAGCCUGGCAUCAGCCAGCAGCAGGCGCUGACCCUCUUGCAGCAGCCCGGGGAGACGGUGGAGAUGGUGGUGGCCAGAGGUCGCCCACCUGACGCGUCAUUACCGCCCACAACAGCAAUCAACACAGAUCAGUGGGGACACGUGGAGGAGAUCGAGCUGGUCAACGACGGGUCCGGCCUGGGCUUCGGCAUCGUGGGCGGGAAGACGACCGGAGUGGUAGUCAGGACGCUGAUCCGAAACGGUGUGGCCGACAGGGAUGGGCGCCUUCGCACAGGUGACCACAUCCUUCGAAUUGGGGCGACGCCCACUACCGGCCUCACCAGUGACCAGGUGGUCCAGGUGCUGCAGGUGUGCGGGAGCCGUGUGAACAUGCUCAUCGCCAGGGACCCCCGGGGUCAAAAAUCAGCAGUGGCUCCUCCCCCACCACCUCCUGCCUCUGCCCCUGUCUCCUCUUUACCGCCCCAAACCCCGGAGCUGACCCCCCAGCUAACCCAGCGGAGGCUCAGCAAGGCACCUAACCUGGAGGGAUACGAGAUCCACGAGGUUCCUCUCACCAAGAUGGAAGGACAGAGCCUCGGCAUCUCUAUCGUUGGCUGCAACCCUCUGACCAGCCAAGAUGCAGUCGGUGUGUUUGUCAAAAACGUGGUUCCCGGCAGCGCAGCUGAUGAAAGCGGAAACAUCCGAGUCCACGACCGACUGAUAGCUUUGGAUGGUGUCAGUCUCCACGGUCUGACCAACCAGGAGGUUCAGGAGGUGAUGAAGCAGACGGGUCAGACGGUCGUCCUCACUCUGGUCAGGAAGAAAGCCAGAACUCUGGAGAGAUCGUUGGAUAAAGUGGAGCGGGAGUCAUCUCGAGUGUCUCUGAGGAGGUCAUUGGAGGUGAAAGCUCACUCGUCUGGGUUUGGCUCCACGAUGAUGAUGCAGGAACCAGCACACCUAAACACAACACAGCUAAGUAGGGCCACAGAGGCAGAACUGAGGGCUAAAUGGGAGCAGGCUCUUGGACCGAAUUAUCAAGUCCUGGUGGUGAAUUUGGAUCCCAUCAUUGAAGAUGAUGAAGAGCUGCAGAAGUCAUCAAAGCUGCUGCCCAUCCACACUCUCCGCCUGGGGGUUGAGUUGGACUCAUUUGACGGUCACCACUACAUCUCCUCUGUGGCCCCCGGAGGUCCCGUCGACAGACACGGAGUCCUGAGACCAGAGGACGAGCUGCUGGAGGUGAAUGAUGUUCAGCUGUAUGGAAAGUCUCGCAGGGAAGUGGUGUCAUUCCUCAAAGAGGUGCCUCCUCCGUUCACUCUGGUCUGCUGCCGACACCCGAUCAACGACCUGGAACCAGAAUCAGAAUCUGAGCCUGAAUCGGAACCAGUACUACUACUAGAACCAAAACCAGGACCAGCAAGACAGUCGCAGCAUGGUGUGGAGGAGAUUGAGAUGAAGCUGUCGUCCAUGCUCUGCAGUCAGACAGUCCUGAGAGACGACAGCAGCCAGCCACAGCAGGCAGUCAGGCAGGAGCAAAUCUCACCUGUGGAGGAGGUGCUGAGGGAGGAGAGGACUCAGUACAGUGAGGAAGAGGAGGAGGAAGAAGAAGAGGAAGAGGAGGAAGAGGAUGGAGAGCUGGCUCUGUGGUCCCAGGACAUUCAAGUGUUAGAGCUGCAGAAGGAGAGAGACAAAGGCCUCGGCUUCAGCAUCCUCGACUACCAGGACCCGUUGGAUCCCGGUCGAUGUGUGAUGGUUAUCCGAUCUCUGGUACCCGGUGGUUCAGCAGAUCGUCACGGUGGUUUGCUUCCUGGAGACCAGCUUGUGUCGGUCAACCAGAACCAGCUGGAUGCGCUCACUCUGGCUGAGGCUGUGGAGGUCCUGAAGUCUGCUCCACCCGGUAGAGUCCGCCUGGGCAUCCGAAAGCCUUUGGUGGUGGAGGCGCCAGAGAGGAGAGAGGACCGCAACCAGGACAGCAGCACAGCACUACCUGUGGCAAAGGGUUUCAGCGAGGGCCCCAUCCUUUCAGAGAGCCUUCAUCAUGAAGAAGAAGAGGAGGAGGAGGAGCCGGAGCUGAUCCUGGAUGGUCUCCCUCGCUACGCUACCUCCUCUCUGAACUCUGACCUCCUGCCAGAGGAGGAGGGCAGGGAGAUGGCUGUUGAUGAAGAGGAGGUGAAGCCGGAGGAGGCUGUAAGCUCCCUGCAUCGGAAGCCCCCUCCGUCGUGGGAGGACUGGAAGCUCGCCUCCCUCACCCGGGCUGGAGGAGCAGAGGAGGCCUGGAGGAGAGAGACGCAGGAGGAGGAAGACCUGCAGGGAUCAGAGCGUGAAAGCAUCGCGUCUGUGGGACAGCUGAUUCUGGGUCUUCCAGACUCCAGAGACAGCGAAGCCGACUCUGAGCUCACUCUGACCGACACCGACACUGAGUCUGUCAGGAGGAUUGAUACCGCAAGGAGGAAGAGGCGGAGUCAGGGGGGAGCCGCUCUACCAAUCAGAGGAGGCCACAGUGAUCUACCUGAAAGAGAGGAGGGGGAGGGACAGGAAACACCUGCAUUCAGCCACUGGGGACCUCCCCGCAGGGUGGAGGUCUGGCCCGAGGAGGGUCAGUCUCUGGGUCUGAGCAUCGUCGGAGGCCGUCACGUCAUCAAGCGACUGAGGAACGGAGAGGAACUGCAGGGAAUCUUCAUCAAGCAGGUUUUACCCAACAGCCCCGCCGACAAGACGCAGUGUCUGAAGACCGGGGACAAGAUCCUGGAGGUGUCAGGUGUUGACCUGCGAGCUGCCAGUCACGAGGAGGCAGUCAAUGCCAUCAAAUCUGCUCCGAGCCCCGUCAUCUUCAUUGUCCAGAGCCUGUCGGCGACUCCACGGCCCGUGUCUUUGACGGCUCCGAGCUACAGCAAAUCCAAAGCGAAGACGACCGAGUCUCCGAAACCGGAGAUUGUGCUGCCCCCCCCGAGACAGCCCCCACCCUACAGACCUCCCAACCAAUUGGAGAAGCAGCUGGAGGAGGCCAAAGAGCGUUGGUGUGAGCGUUAUGGAGACCUGCGGGGAGAGCUGCUGUGCGUGGAGCUGGACAAGGAGCGGCAGGGCUUGGGUCUCAGCCUGGCUGGGAACAGGGAUCGUUCCCGCGUCAGCAUCUUCGUGGUGGGGCUCCAUCCCGGGGGGCCCGCCGCCCGCGAUGGUCGCAUCCAGGUCGGAGACGAGCUGCUGGAGAUUAACAACCAGAUUCUUUAUGGGCGGAGCCACCAGAACGCCUCAGCCAUCAUUAAGAGCGCUGCCUCCAAGGUGAAACUCAUCCUGCUCAGAAACGAAGAUGCAAUAAACCAGAUGGCCGUCCCUCCCUUCCCUUCUCCUGCUCCACCGCCCACCCUCAGCCCUGAGUGUAUCUCACCUGCUCUGCUCAGUGGCUCCUCCCCCUCCGACGGGCCCCGCCCGCCCGACAGCUUGACGCUCCACCCGCUGUCAGACACGCCGGAUGAGAUGAGUGAUGAAGCUGAGCAGAACAACAGGAACAGCGCCCCCAAGAGUCUGAGAGAGGCUGACACUUUCAGAAAGAGGCUGAAAGCUGCAGAGUCUCCAGAAAAUGAGCUGCAGGCUCUGCUGGAGCAGCAGUCACAUGGCAGCUCCAGCAGACAGAUGGCAGCUUCUCCUCUGAUCAGCCCUGAUCUGCAUGUCGCUAACAGAGACCCGUCGUUCUGCGCUGUGGUUCCUGGUCAGGAGAUGGUGCUGGAAAUCUGCAAAGGUCGAUCAGGACUGGGACUCAGUAUAGUGGGAGGAAGAGACACACAGCUGGACGCCAUCGUGAUCCACGAGGUUUAUGAAGAAGGAGCUGCAGCCAGAGACGGGCGUCUGUGGGCUGGAGACCAGAUACUGGAGGUGAACGGCGUGGACCUCCGCGGGGCAUCCCACGAGGAGGCGAUUGCCGCCCUGCGUCAGACGCCGGCGAAGGUUCGUCUAACAGUUCUGAGGGACGAGGCUCAGUACAGAGACGAGGAGAACCUGGACGUCUUUAAGGUGGAGCUGCAGAAGAAGAGUGGCAGAGGGCUGGGACUCAGCAUCGUUGGGAAGAGGAGUGGCAGCGGCGUGUUUAUCUCAGAGGUGGUCAGAGGGGGCGCUGCUGAGUUGGAUGGCCGGCUGAUGCAGGGAGACCAGAUUUUGUCUGUUAACGGUGACGACACAAGACACGCCUCCCAGGAAGCUGUGGCCGCCAUCCUGAAGUGCGUUCGGGGUCCUGUCCUGUUGGAGCUUGGCCGACUCAAAGCUGCAUCCUGGAUCACAUCCAGACGCAACUCACAUGGAAGCCAGGUGAGUCACGCCAGUGGGAACAGCUCAGGUGUUUCGGCUCCACCCCUCACACAGUCCCCUGUGCCAUCUGACCCCCCUGCCUCCACCCUGCCCCUCAACAACAACAACACAAAGCCCGCCAGUGACAUCACUUCCUCCUCCUCAGGGGUCGACACAAGCAUCCGAACAGUGGACAUCACCAGGGGUGUCAGUGACUCCCUCGGGGUGAGUAUAGCAGGAGGGAAGGGCAGUCCUCUUGGUGACAUCCCCAUCUUCAUCGCCAUGAUUCAGGCCAGUGGAGUUGCUGCCAAAACCCACCAACUCAAGGUGGGAGAUAGGAUCGUCAGUAUUAACGGUCAGUCUGUGGACGGUCUGUCUCACAGUGAAGUCGUCACCAUGCUCAAGAAAAGCUACGGAAACAUCAGCCUGCAGGUGGUGGCAGACACCAACAUCAGCGCCAUCGCCUCUCAGGUGGAGAGUUUGUCCAGCAGCUCCGGUCUGUCGGCCAACACUGACACACACACGGCUGAGCCAGAGGGUCCACGGCCCCGCAGCAUCAGCCUGGAAAAAGGCUCAGAGGGACUCGGCUUCAGCAUCGUCGGAGGCUUCGGCAGUCCACACGGAGACCUGCCGAUAUACGUCAAGACCGUCUUCAGCAAGGGUGCCGCGGCGGUGGAUGGGCGUCUGAAACGAGGCGAUCAGAUCCUGGCAGUGAACGGAGAGAGUCUGCAGGGAGCGACGCACGAGCAGGCCGUCGCCAUCCUGAAGAAACAGAGAGGAACGGUCACGCUGGACAUCCUGUCAUAACACACACACACACCUGCAUGCACGCACACACACGUAAGAACACAGGAGUUCCUGCUAUGACGCACACAUUCAGACUAUUGGACUGCAACUCGCUGAUCGUCACUCUGAACUUCCCAACACGCAAAAAAAUGACAAAAGAAACUGCGUCACAGUGCCAGCACACGCGCAUGCACACACACGCACGCAUGUCUUUCUGUCAUUGUGAGGACCGUCCUUGAAUCCAUUUCCAGGCCCUUCACUUUAACCUAAAUCCUGAACCCUGAAACCAGCUCUGAACUCACAGCGUCCUCACUUCCACAAACCUGACAUGUGUCCCCAAACAGAAAGAGAUAUGCACACACACACACACACACACACACUUCCUGUGCACAGACUGGUGGGUCACACACUGACUCUGCACCGCAGCCACCACCUUUAUAUGUUUAACUGAGUUUCUCAACCUUUGGGUCAGGGCCACACGUUGGGUCUCACCUGAUGUGUUUGUCCAAACUCUGAUCUUAGAUCUCACCAUUUCUGUUUUAACAUCUUCACAUUUCCUGCCGUAUUCAUCCACCCUUUCUUAAAUAAUACCAUAAAUAAAAGCGCUCCUAAAUAAAUAAUCAAGAAAUGUAAUUAGCUGCCUCUCUUCUUGUGGACGGACUUCCAGCUUCACCUUCUUGGACUGUAGUUGGUGGUUCUGGCCUCUGUGCAGCACCGCUGAAUUAUUUUCACUGGGGCAUAAAAACAGCAUCUGCAGAAUCACUGCUCAAAUCUGAGAAAAGCAACACAAAGUUUGGUGCCUUUGUCCAGAAAUAUGGUUUUAAAGCUUUCAGCCCCUCCCCCCCAGAGCAUUGAACGAACAUGGUAGCGGCAACAAUAAGUACACUUACCUUGACUACAGUAACAAGUAGAUAUGUCUGACACCACACAGCUCAAGCGUUCCUGGACUUGUUUGGCUGUUGAUUGGCUGCUUUCCAGUUUUCCUGCAGCUCGCAGCUAAUCUCCAGAGUGGAACCAUGACUACCAUCACCGAAAUGGUGUAGGUGGAGUCUGUCCAACCAUGUGACCACAGAGUCUCUGGAGGGGCAGCUAAAUAAAAUCUAAGCCUGCCAGAGCAGCAACCUCAUCAGCUUGCCGGUUUGCGGCGACUGACCUUGACAAGAAGAAGUUAAUUGAUCACUAAUAAAUUGAUCAAACAUGACAUUGUUCUCAGGUAGAAACAAAAAUGAGUCACCAGGUAUCCUGUAGCAUCAAUUCUGUUCUGUAAUCAUGGAACCGACCCGACCCAAGUAUAAAAUUUGAUGUCAUAACUAUAAAAAGGUUGAGAAGCUCUGUUAGCUUAUGUGCUACCAAUUAUGACUAUAUCCUCAAAAACAGAUGAGCACGGCGCUGUGAUGGAGGGACAUUUAAAUGCAGCCUGCACUAGCUGAUGCUACUCAACACGAACUGAUGUGAAGAUGUUUUCAUGGAUGGAACGCUCGUGUUUGCAGUCCAGAGGAACAAAAAGGGAAGAUGUGACUGCUGCACAUGUUAGCUUAGCAUCUCUUCCGUGGUUUGCCAUUAGCUGUGGAGUAGCUAUUGUUAUAACUGUGGAGUGCAAUGCCACCAACAUCAGCCUCUGGUUUGUUGCUGUUUCUACCUGCCAUCAGGACCAGCCAAAUAUUAUAAAACUGGACUUCUAGUUUUAGCCUCAGAUUAGCACUAAAUCCCUGAUUUUCCACACAGAAUUCCAGGGACUGUAUUUUUCAUAUCUGACAACUUUCAUGUGGGUCAAAAAGCAGCUUUUCACUACACGAACUCGAACAAGACACAAUGUGGUGCGAGCAUUAACAGGAACAGCCCUGAUUGGUCCUUUCACACAUUCUGCAUCAGAUUCUGUGGUCGCAGUUUUAACCAAUCCGCAUUCGCCGCACCCAGCAAUGAAAGACAAGCCAGAAUCCACAAUGUAUCGCUAAACCUAAUCAAACUGUAACUGAAAAUUAGUCUUAAAAAUAAUUCUUCCACUACAGAACAAACCGCACUUUAGUUCUUGUCCGCCAGAUGUGAUUGGUCAGCUGCAGUGUUUAUUCUUGAGCUUCAUUGGAGAAACAGCACUGCAGGUACACUGCUGGAAACAGCCGUGAGCUCUUUCAGUGGAAUUGUCUGAUGGAAAAAGUGACAGAAGAAUUACCCACUUCAGUUUUACACCAAGUGUAUAACAGAAAACGCUAAUCGCCAAUCAUCAGCGUUUGUUGAAGCAACUUCCUGAACCUUCAGAAAGUCAAUGAUAUUGUUUUUUAGGGGGAUAAAACCAUCUACUGACCCCGGUUCCUCCUGUGGAACGUAGAGGAACCAUCUAACCAGUUGCUUUGAAACUGCUCCUGUAGUGGAAAACCACUGAAGGUGCAUAUUUAAAUAUGAAAAUCAUAGUCAUAGUUAGGUUUUAAUUGCUGUCAUUUUGCCUUACUUUUGUCAUACAUCAAGCAAAGCGGCCAAAGACCUCCUUAUGAAAAGAAUAUAAACGAGGGGCUCAGCCUCUAAAUCACGUAUUUAUUGAUGUUUAUUUUCAACUUGAGAAGAAGGGAAAAAGAUUAAUGACAAAAUCUGUCUGGAAAAUGAUUUUGAGCUAAGGAAGCUGUUUCCUGCCAACCGCAGCAUGUAACACAAAAAGUUUGGUCCUAAAAAUCUGCAAAACUUUAAAUCAGACCUGUAAAAAUGAAAAUGUUGAGCCUCAAAUAAACCUUGUUAAAAUAUUCCUUCAUCACAGAGCUAUAUUUAGUUAUGAUUUCUUUAUAUUUAUACAACUAUUUCCAUUGAGUUUCUGUUGUUUGGCCAAACAUCUUAAAGGUGCCAUCAUUUGAUACAAUUUUAUCUUAUUUUUAAAUUUCAGUUGUGACCUUUGAACAGAACAAACAGAAGCAUACAGAUAUGAAACGCUGAACUUCGGUUCUCUUCCACUAAAGAGUUCAGGCAACACUUUAUAGAUCAUUGUAUAAAUACAUGUGUCUCCAUGGAGAUGACUCUCAGGACUUGGUGGGCACGGAGACCCCUGUCGCCCCUGGCAACAGAUACAGUGUCUUCCACAUGACCGUUGCCAUGGAGAGGAAAGCUAAACAGUUUUUUGUCUCCGUGGAGAUUUUGAAUAUUAAAAGCUUGUUUGAAUAAAAGCAUCAGGCCGGCGUUCAGUGAUGUCCUCGCGUUCUCUGUCGUUAUUGGCGUGUUUAGCUUAGCACAACGACUGAAAGCAGAGGGACGUUUUUAGCGCAGCAUCUCCAGAGUGUCCUCAGUUACUCACUUCAGCUCAGACCUCAGUCUCACAGGCCUAGAGACCGGUCGGCAGCCUCCGGUCGCACGGGGGAAAUGUGUGUUCCUUAGCUGGUUGGCAGUUGCUGUAAAAUUGGGCACAAGUGUUUGGUAAACUGUGAAGGGUGUGAUGGGAAACAGAGAAAGUCUGUCUUCAAUGUAAAAGUUGGGCCUUACUCCUAAAACAAACACACUUUAAAAGGUGCAGCUUUUGCAUUGACGGUGAAUGUUCUUCAUUUCCAGUUUGCGUUGCGCCCUUCGUGGUUUACCAAAUGCUUGGCGGGUAGAUGGCUGUUUGGUGACUAUGGGCAACCGUAAUGAUCUGUUAGUGAUCACUGCAAUUGCGAAGAGGUUUUUGGUGCAGCACCAUAUACUUCUUUGUGACCAGUGUCGCCUAGUCACAGCAAGCAAUGUCCCACUACGGCCCGCCAACCGAUUGCGGGCGGUGAUUACCGUGGCCCCUGACCGGUCUUUAGGCCUGGGUGCCUCUUCUGAACUUUGAGUUCUUACAGACGAGCUGAUCUCCCUCAUACCUCUCUGAGUGUAACUAUAACCAGCUAAUAUCAGCCUGUUUUCACUCAGCCCUGCAUAGAAGUCCACACGUGUAACACGGAGCUGUUCCCAUCUUUGGAGUCCAGGAUCCAUUUCCUCCUCCGUGAAGAGUCAGUACUUCCGCAUUAGUAUUGACUGUUAUUAACUGUGGGAGCUCAGCGUUGCCUUCAGAUUAGGAACCGCUCAUGCUGACUGCGUUUGCUCUUCUUUUUCACCUCCCUGAAACCUCCAGUUUCAUACCUCAGUUUUUCUUUAGUGCAGAUGAGUAAAAACAACAUGCAUUAAAAACAUCGCCUCCACUCUUCUGACGUAUUUAAGAUAUUGCACGUUUUUAUACAGAUUUCAGCCUCAGUUUCAAACUUGUUACACCCCUGCUGCUUUAAAAAUACAAGCAUUAUAUGAAUUUAUAUUAAUGAAAUAUUUAACUUGAAAUAGAUCAAAUAGCAUACUAAACUGGGGAUCAUAACUCUGGAAACAUGGAUACACAGACAGGUACAAGCCAGCACAACAACACAAACGACAGUUUUAGAGGCACAAAGUCUUUUGUUAACAUAUACACGCACUUUAUUUGUGUCAUGUUUGAAAGAUUCUUAGUAUAUUUUUGGAAAACUGUAAAUGGGUGAAUUAGAAAAUUGUAAACAUCUGUUUCACCAAUAACCUUCAUUAUUUUACGUUGGCAUGUGAGCUGAACUGCAGUUAGUGGAUGAAAAUAACCGGCCAAAUCUCAGCUAAUAAAUGUAUGACAUUAAUUUCAUGUUCACCCUCACAUUUAAGCUAAAUUUGAACUUCAGCUGAUGUCAUCAUCAUCUUCAUAUUAAAUAUUAGUAUAUUUGUAUUUACAGGCUCUCAGAUCCGAGAAUGAACUCUGAGCUUAUUUUAGACGGAGAACACGAGGAUUCGACUGAACGUCAGCGUUUUGCUUGUAAUCGUUUCCCACUGCGGAGGUCGCUGUUGUGUUGGCAGCAUGUCUAACUGUAGGUGUCACUUUGCUUCUGAGGCUCCGAGAUGAGCAGCAGCCUCAGUGGGAUCUUAUACUUUAUACAUAUCAAUCAAGUGCAAAAUAUUGUAUGUUCAGCUUUUAUUUUGUCAUAAUUAUUGUCUUAACUUUUUGGUACUUCAUAUGCAAAUGCCAGACUAGUUGAAAUAUAAUUUAUUUUUGAUCCUGUUGAAAAUUAACCAUGUAUUUUUGUUGCUGUUGCGUUGUUAUGAGCACUAACGUGAGUCUGAAUCAUUGAACUGUCAGAAAUCACCGUGGAAACCUGCAGCUUCUUAAUCAUUUCUUAAUCAUGUGCUCAGAACUUACUGAGAAAAUUUGGAUGUGUUUGAUUUCAAAUA